GCCCGUUCCCAUGCCUUCCUGACUCCUGGUGAGCCCUGGAGUGGUGACAGCAUGGAGCUGUGCAGCCCCAGCUUGGGGUGGGAUAGGAAGAGAACAGGGCUAGCGACACAGCAGGAAGGAAACUGCUCACACUGGGGAAAAUCACUUGGCAGCACAGUGGUCUUGCAAGGAAAUCACCCUAGCUGUGCUAUCAAGCAUCCGAAAAUACUGGUUGGAAUUGAAAACAUGCCUGGGGGAACACCCACAGCAUGACCCAUCUGGGGAGGAGUAGACAGCCGGGAAUGCUGCCCCACUGCCCUGGCUGCUGGGGCAAGGGACGUGCUGGGAGGAGAGCGCUGCCAGCCACGGUGUGACGCAGCACCGGGUGCUGAUGGGAGCCAAAGUCAGUGACAUACCUCCAUGGCUUCGUUGGAUGUGGUGGUAAGUGUGCCUGCCCAAGGAUGGAGCCGGGAAGCUCCUGACACUGCUGAGAUGCUGUCCCCAGGGGCACCUGGCCAGGCGUUCUGCUGCUCCAGAAUGGACCUGGCUGAGGCUUGAGUCGCUGCUGCGGGGGAGAAAGAAAAUCUGCAUCCCUGCAGCCAGAGCCAGAUGGGGGCGCAAAGAGGUUUCCUAGCCUGGGAGCCGCUCCUGGAGCAUGGGAGCGCGGGGGUCCCCAUAUCGGCACUGGGACCGGUGGCACUCAGUGCUUGGUUCCUCGAGCUGCAGCCAGUGAGGAGUGGGGCAGAGCUGCGCAGCGCGAGCAUCUUGUCAUGGCAAGCACCCACACAGAAGAGCCACUUGCUGAGGACACAGCCGACCAUGAUGCACACAUCUAUGAGGAGGUGAUGCUCUGUGAGAGGAUGGAGCACAGCCAGCGGCUGGCUGUGGAGGAGCUCAUCACCACUGAAGCCAGCUAUGUGCACAACCUCCAGCUGUGCCUGUCCGACAUCCGGGCGCACCUCCAGAAGAAGCAGCUGCCUGGUCUUGACCUGGAAGGACUCUUCUCUAACAUUGAUGACAUCCUCCAUGUCUCCAGACGGUUCCUGAGGGGACUUCAGGACACUGCUACCCAGGAGCAUGAGCAGCUGCUCAGCAUCAGCACUCUGUUCCAGGAGUUCAAGGAGGAGAUGGAGAUGGUCUACAAGAUCUACUGUGCUAGCUAUGAGCAUGCCCUCCUGCUGGUGGAGAGCUACCGCAAGGACCCCAAGCUGCAGGAGGAGAUCAUGGAGACCCUGACCACGACAGUGCCUCACACAAGCGCCUCGGACCUCAGCUUCUUCCUGGUGAUGCCGGUGCAGAGAGUCACCAAAUACCCACUGCUGCUGGGCAAGAUCCUGGAGAACACCCCUGCCAGCACCAGCUCUCACGCAGCCCUCGCUGCAGCCGUGCGUGCCAUGACCCAGGUCAAUGCCAACAUCAACGAGUACAAGCGGCGCCGGGAAGUGGCCACCAAGUACAACAAGGCUGAGCAGCUGACGCUGCGGGACCGCUUGGCUCGGCUCAACACCCAUUCCAUCGCCAAGAAGACCACGCGGCUGAGCCGGCUCCUCAUGCACGAGGCCGGCAUCGUGGCCAAGACAGAGGACAAGGAGUAUGAUGACCUGGAAGAGAAAUUCCAGAGCGUGGCAUCCAGUGUGGUUGCACUGAAGGAGAACGUGGCAUCCUACCUGAAGCACUUAGAGGCAUUCCUGCUGCCCACCCCACACAAGUGUGAGCUGCAGAUGGAGGAGGGCCCUGCCCAGCAGUACCGCCGCCUCGCAGAGCACCUCCACUGCGCUGUGUUCCCAGAGUUUAGGCGCCGGCUGGACAGGCUUGUCUGGCAGCCCCUCUGCAGCCUGGCAGAGAUGCUGGUGGGGCCGCAGCAGCUGGUCAAGAAGCGCCUGGACAAGCUGCUGGACUACGAGGAGAUUCAGGAGAGGAGGAGCGAAACGGGCAGUGUGACAUAUGAUGAGGAAGCAGCCAUGAACACCUAUCUGGCCAUCAAUGCCCUGCUUGUGGCUGAGCUCCCGCGCUUCAACCAGGUGGCCAUGCAGCUCCUGGAACAGCUCCUGGGCUCCUUCUGCGUCCUGCAGCAGGACUUGGCUGCAGAGGUUCUGCAUGAGGCUAAAAAGGAACUAGAGCAGAUGCCCCAUGGCCACAUGCUGCUGCCCGCUUUCUGGAGGCUGGUGGAGGACACCCUGCAGCAGUCAGGAGUUCAGCUCUCUACCUUCAUCCAGGCAUUUGAGACUGUCACACCAAGCCCUGUGCCACAGCCCCUGAACCCUGCUGAGGAGCGGAAGGUCCUUUCCCUUGUGAGCAAACACGGCCCAGACAAGCUUUACCAAGUGACAAGCAACAUCAGUGGCAGCAAAGACAUGGACCUGACCUUGCAAAGGGGGCAGAUUGUGGCUCUGAUACAAAGUGUGGAUACUAAAGGCAACAAGGGCAGAUGGCUUGUGGAUGCUGGAGGUCCCCGAGGGUUUGUGCCUGCUGCCAAACUCCAGCCCUAUUGCCUGGGACCAAGCCAGCAGCCCAGGAUGCAGAUGUCAGCCCUGGAGAGUGGUACAGAGAGAAGGCGACAUUCUUAUGUGUCACCUGAAGCUCCUAAACCCCAGGUGGCCACAUUCACCCCGGCUUUCCAGGUGGUCGCUGGCUUCUCCUUCACAGCACGCAGCCCGCAGGAGCUCAGCCUGCAGGCAGGGCAGCCCGUGGUGGUGCUGGAGCCACACGACAAGAAGGGCAGCACCGAGUGGAGCCUGGUGGAGGUGAACGGGCAGCGGGGCUACGUGCCCUCCAGCUACCUGCGGACAGUCCCUGUGCAGGAGCCCGUGGGCUGGAAUCUGCCCGUGUGAGCAGCACCAGCGCAGCACCUGAUGGCUUCGUGCCGCUCACGGAGGAGAGCUGUCUGAUUGGCACCCGAUGAGCUCGUUGCUGAGGGAGUGGCUGCACAGCCCUUGCCUGGGGAAGCAGCAGAAUGUGGCCCAGGGGCGGUUGCAAGUGGGGAGAUGUGCUUUGUGCCGCUGUGCACAAGGGCAGGAAAGUGCGAGGGUGCCACGUCCAUGUGUGUUUGCUUCUGGCUGGGCAGCACGGAGAGAAGACUUGGGAUGGAGUGACAUGUGGCUGCAGCUCGGCAGGGAUUCAUUUUGGUGAGAAAAGUGCCUGUAGUGGUGAUGAGAGAACCAUCCCUGAGUAAAUCACGUCUGAGCUGCAAAGACCGCAGUGCUGCAAA